AUGGGCUCAGAAAUCGAGAAUCCAACGAACACCCAACAACCUCAUAACCAACACAAUCCUAACAUCGCUUCAACCCAAAAUCACGGUUACGAAUCGGUUACCAACAAAAGUGAAAGCACUUACCGUUGUGGCGGUGAUGACGUCCGCAGUGACAGCCGAGUAACGUUAGUCCACCCUCACUCCCUCCUUCCCAUGCCAGUCCCGCCGCAGAAUUUCCAAUCAAACCAAAACGACGUCGCUCUGCCCACCUUCUCCGUCGGAAGCUUCUUCCGCCAGCGGAGCAGCGACCUCUCCGCUGCGAUCGUGAAGCGCGUCUCCUCGCUCCGCGAGUCUGUGGAGGAGGAUAACGACGGCGAGGGCGAGAAACAAGGAGUGACGGAGUUUAAUCUCUCCGGGGUGAAGGUUGUGGUGACGGCCAAGCCAGAGGAGGAGGAGGCGUCGUUGAGAGGACGCAUAAGCUUCUUCUCUCGGUCCAAUUGCCGAGACUGCACCGCGGUGCGGAGGUUCUUCAGGGAGAAAGGACUGAGGUUCGUGGAGAUAAACGUGGACGUGUUCAGCGAGAGGGAGAGGGAGCUGCGCGAGAGGACGGGGACUGGUUCUGUGCCGCAGAUUUUCUUCAACGAGAAGCUGAUCGGAGGUCUGGUGGCGCUGAACUCGCUGCGGAACAGCGGGGAGUUCGACCGAAGAGUGGCGGAGAUUCUCGGCGGGAAGGCGGCGGAUGGGAACGCGCCGUGGCCGCCGGCGUACGGGUUUGAUUGUGCAGAGGAGGAUCGCGAGGACGAGAUGGUUGGAGUGGUUAGGGUUCUGCGGCUGAGGUUGCCGAUUCAGGACAGGUUGCGCAGGAUGAAAAUGGUUAACAACUGCUUCGAAGGAAACGACUUGGUGGAGGCGCCUGAUCUCAGCACUUCCACUGCGCGCGUACGAGAUUUAAUGACACACUUACCACCUAGCCAAAUUUGGCAUCAAGUGUUCAACAGUGCAACAGCUCAACCAUUCGGCCUCACUGGUAUUCAGCCGUUCGGCUUCACAAUGCAGGUGUCAGGACCAUACAAACCACUCGUCCAAGAGGAGGGCAAGAACCGAGAGGUAAAUCCCUCUCGUCCGUUAGGAAAUUCUCUAGCAAUUCCUAGGUCAAAGUCAAAGAUCGAGAGGUAA